AUGUGGACUCAUUGUUCAAGGAAGCUUGCUGAUCACAGUCGCCCCACCAUCAUUAGCAUCAUCCUCGUCGUCACCCUCACCACCCUCUUUACUGUUGACAUCGUUGUCAAAAUCAUUUUACAUUACAUACGGAUUCAAGCAAUCCACGGCUUAGCCCGGCUUCAGAGUCCCCUGGACAAGGACUGCCCUGUUGUUGCAGCACUCCUCUGGCUGGUUCGUCACGAUAACAGCCCCGAAGUACGACGCAGGGCUCUGGUUGCACUGAUACUGACUACGGUGACGCUGCCCUACGUGCUUGAGCGCUGUCGUGACGUCUCUAAUGCAGUCCGAAAGGCAGCAUUCAGUGUCCUGGCGGAGCGUUCUGUCCUGCGGCCUCUGUCCAUAGCCCAGCGUAUUUCCAUUAUACAGGACGGACUAACGGACACUUGCAGUGAGGUUCAAAAAGCCGCUGAAGAUUUGUUGCGGGCUUGGUUCGAGGUGGUUGAUGAGGACCCCAUUCUCCUCCUUCGACGUCUAGACACCGAGGGUGUUCCAAAAACCAGCGCCCUUUGCCUCAAACGCCUGCUGCUAAUUCUUGAUGAAGAAACUUUGACAAGCAUGAUCAACAAAUGGGCGGCAGUAUAUCUAGACGAAAGGUAUGUUUCCUCCGUUUUUCCGAAAUCUCACUUGCUUUUGAUCAGUCAUAUGGGGUUGGUGUGCAGUGACCUAUUCUAA